AGCGUUUCAAUUGCGUAACGUGUUCAAGAGAUCAAAGAGAUUCGGCAGCGUACGAAGAGAUUUCACAGUGUUCGAAGACAUUUUCGAGAGUUUAGACGUGCGAAUUAACAAACCAAAUCUAAAGUACAAAGGUAUCAAACAUGCCACGACGGGGACGUGCAUCUGCUCCUCCACCAAGGACUGUUAGGCGGGCAGCACCACCUCCAGCUCCAGCUGCGGUAGCACAUCCACCAGCCCAUGCUGCUUCAGCAACACCCAUGGUUGCUCAGCCUCAGCAGCCAUCCCUUAUGGGACAAAUGGCUGCCACUGCUGGAGGUGUAGCCAUUGGUUCAGCUGUUGGUCAUACAAUUGGACAUGCUAUGACUGGCCUUUUCAGUGGUGGCUCCGAUGAAGCUGCUGCUGUACCUGCUGCAGCACCUGUGGCAGCGCAGAGCUCUCCAGCUUCUGCACCUGCCACUGGCGCAUGUGCAUGGGAAGUUAGACAAUUCUUGGACUGUGCCCAGAAUCAGUCUGACCUUACAUUGUGUGAUGGGUUCAAUGAAGCCCUUCGUCAAUGCAAAGCUUCUCACAAUAUGAUUUGAAGCAGUAUUUUUGAAGAAGUGGACAGUAGGAGUUACUAGAAAAACUUUAGAAAAUUGAUACUAUAUGAAAUUUUAAUCUGAUAGGCGACAUACAAAAAAAAAAAAAAAAAACACAUGAUCCUAUUGUAUUAAAAGAGAAAUAUCCACUUUUAUCAUUUAUUACUAUAUCUAUUACAUGCAAAUAUUACUAUGAUGAUAUAUGUAUCUAAUUGGAAGCAGCAUAGGAAUAAAAUUAUGUUUAGACAAUUUAUUUACAAAUUGAUUUAACUGUA